AUGAGAAUCUACGUUCAAUGGCUGGUUUCCGUGUCUAUAUUAUUAUCUACUGUUUUCCUGUUAGGUUCAUGUAAAUCAACUCCAAGCAGCAACCUUAAGGAUGAUCGAGAGGCUCUACUUGCUUUGAAAUCCUGUAUCACCAAUGAUCCGUCAGGAGCACUAUCGUCGUGGGGGAAUAAUGGCUCCUCGGCGUGCACAUGGACGGGGAUCAUCUGUGAUCACGCAGGUAGGGUCUUGGAGUUGGACAUCGGAGGUCUCAACUUGUCCGGAAGGAUUAGCCCUCACAUUGGCAAUCUCUCAGCUCUUAUUUCUUUGAAGCUACAGAAUAACCACUUUGAGGGGAACAUUCCUGACCAACUUGGUAAGCUUGACCGGCUUCAAACGCUAGACCUCAGUAGUAACAUCCUCUCAGGAAUUGUUCCCCUGCCACUUUACAAUAUCUCUGCACUUGUUUUCCUUGCAUUUCCAGGGAAUGACCUUUACGGUGAGAUUCCGAGUGAUCUUGGUUAUCAUCUCCCAAACCUCCGGACGUUGAACAUUUGCUUCAACAGGUUCCAUGGUUCCAUCCCAUCAUCUCUCCACAAUCUGACAAAGAUCGAAACCAUAAGGAUGUCCUACAACCUGCUUAUCGGCUCAGUGCCACCAGGUCUUAGUGGACUUGAUGACCUUGUCACGUACAACAUUCAGGGUAAUCAAAUUUCUGACACAACAAAAAUCAUUUCUGACCUCACAAACUGCACCAAGCUGCGGUACCUUGCACUCGCUGAGAAUCUCAUCGGGGGUUCGCUUCCUGAUUCAGUUGGCAACCUGUCAAGCUCUGUUUCAUUUCUGUAUCUUGGUUCCAACAAGAUAAGUGGUCAAAUACCACCGUCCAUAGGGCGUUUAACAUCCCUAACGUUACUCAACAUGAGUUACAAUCAGCUUUCCAGGAGUAUCCCACCAGAGAUAGGCCAUCUCAAGAAGCUACAAGUGCUUGAGCUUACAAGGAACAAGCUAUCGGGCCCGGUACCAAUGGAAAUUGGGCACCUUACUGCGCUAGAAACGCUGAACAUCGGACAGAAUGAAUUGGUUGGUGGAGUUCCAGAAGAGCUGGGUCUCCUCCAAAAUGUUGACUCGCUAGAUAUAUCGAGCAAUAACCUCCAUGGGGAUAUCCCUGCAUCUCUGUUUGAACUCAGGAGCCUUAGUUCUAUUCUUAACCUGUCACACAAUUCACUUACGGCUGCAUCAAUUGAGAUAAUUGGCCAGCUACAGAACAUCAUCGCCAUUGACUUGUCAGACAAUUUACUCAACAGCAGUAUCCCACGCUCGAUCGGGCAGUGCCAGAGGCUGCAAACAUUAUCUUUGAGCAGAAAUGCUAUGUCAGGAGUGAUCCCCGACAGUAUUGGUACACUUGGAGCUCUGCAAAGCCUAGACCUUUCAAGCAACAAGUUAACCGGUAGCAUACCUGGGAGCCUAUCCAAGCUGCACCUUCAACUAUUAAACCUCUCAAUGAAUGAUCUUAGUGGGCUGGUUCCAAGCACUGGAAUCUUUGAGAACCACUCUUUUGUCUACCUUGAUGGAAACCCAAAUCUGUGCUACGACUCAAGUUUGGCAUGCUACCACUCGCAAUAUUCCUCUGACCGCCGAAAAAUGCACAUUGUCAUUGUAGUUGCUGCUGCAUCAGCAGCUGCCAUUUCAAUCCUUGGUGUGAUUUUUGUUAUGCACUUGUCCAGGAGACAUUUAGCAAAUGCAAGGUCAAGAGUAGCAGGUAGUUUAAUCAGAAGAAAUCACCGGCUUAUUUCAUACAAUGAGCUAUGUCACGUGACCAACACCUUCGACGAGGCGAACCUCAUCGGGGUCGGAAGCUUUGGUUCGGUGUACAAAGCUAUGCUACAUGAUGGAACACCAGUGGCCAUCAAAGUACUGGACCUGCAUAAGAUGGGAGCACCAAAGACCUGGGUGGCAGAGUGUGGGACUCUAAGAAAUGUGAGGCAUCGUAACCUCAUAAAGCUGGUCACAAUUUGUGCCAGUGCGGAUUUUUCUGGCAACGAGUUCCGUGCUCUGGUUUAUGAGCUAAUGAGCAAUGGAAGCCUGGAAGACUGGAUCCAGCGACGCAGACAUCAUGAGAAUGGGGCGGGGCUCAACGCUGAAGAGGUGCUCAACAUCGCCAUCAAUGUUGCCAGUGCACUGGAGUACAUGCACAAUGACUGUGGGGAACAGGUUGUGGUGCACUGUGAUAUCAAACCGAGCAAUGUGCUUCUGGAUGGGGAUAUGAACGCAAAAAUUGGUGAUUUUGGUUUAGCCCGGUUGUUGGCUCCAACGCAACCAGAACAACAAUCUAUUUCCAGUAUUCAUGGACUUACAGGCUCCAUUGGAUAUAUUCCACCAGAAUAUGGAUACGGGAGUAAACCAUCAACAAGGGGUGACGUCUACAGCUAUGGCGUGAUGCUCCUCGAGAUGAUCACUGGGAAGAGCCCUCUCGAACAGAGCUUUGGAGGGGACAUGGAUCUUACAAAAUGGGUGCGACAUAAUUUCCCACGUCAAGCUCACGAUGUAGUUGACAAGCGACUCAUCAGCGCUAUCACUGAUGCCAUCUCCGAAGGAGUGCAGGAAAGUAAUACCGAGCAGCUACUACUGAACUGCCUGUUAGUUCCCGUGAUGGAAGUGGCCUUAUCUUGUGUUGCCCAAUCUCCAGAUAAACGAAGUAGCAUGCAUGAUUCUCUCCUAAGGUUGAAGCAAAUGAAGGAGACCUACUUGCGCAAUCGCAGUACCAUGUGCAGAACCAGGAGAAUUGAUGUGUAG